GCGUAAAAGGGCAGGACGGACGGGACGCAGCUCCAACGCAGCGCAGCCACGCGCACUCCGCGUCUCACCUGGAAAGCAGCAGCGCGCAGAAGCACCGACAGGCGGACCGGGGGACAGGUACGCGCAGGAGAGGAGCCGGAAGAACAAGCAGGUCGAGUCCUUUUCCCCCGCAGUCACUCCAUGUGCUUCCCACGUUACAACGCCGCCCUUUGCUUCUUUUAAAAAAAAAACGCGAUUUCUCUAUGAGAGUGAAGCGGCGUUGGAGAAAACAUGACGGAGCAAGGAAAGAAGUGGAUUCUGAUCGCGGUGGAUGUUCUUUGUGUCUUUGUCGCGUCUCUGCCCUCAGCCAUCCUGACCCUGACGUUCAGCCCGUACCAAAGAGGAAUCUAUUGCGAUGAUAAGAGUAUCAGCUAUCCCUACAGGAGAGACACCAUCUCCCAUGGAGCAAUGGCUGCCGUCACCAUCACCUGCUCCAUUGUCAUUAUCACCACGGGAGAAGCGUACCUCGUUCACACCAAGCGUCUGCACUCCAACUCCCGGUUCAACGAUUACCUGUCGGCUCUUUACAAGGUGGUGGGCACCUUCCUGUUUGGAGCCGCCGUCAGCCAGUCGAUGACCGACCUGGCCAAGUUCACCAUCGGUCGCCCUCGUCCAAACUUCUUGGACGUGUGCCGCCCGGUCAGCUGUAACGGGUACACGCUGCAGAUCAACUGCACGGGCUACCAUCGCAACGUCACCGAAUCCAGGUUGUCGUUCUACUCCGGCCACUCGUCCUUCGGGAUGUACUGCAUGCUCUUUUUGUCGCUCUACGUCCAGGCGAGGAUGCAGGGGAAGUGGACACGACUGGUUCGACCGACCAUCCAGUUCUUCUUGGUGGCGUUUUCUUUUUACGUUGGGUACACGCGUGUGUCCGACUACAAACACCACUGGAGCGACGUGCUUGUGGGGCUGCUGCAGGGAGCGCUCAUCGCCGUACUCACUGUCCGAUACGUGUCCGACUUCUUCAAGCAGCGGCCUCCACUCUGCACACACGCGGCCGCAGCGGAGACCGAACAGCUGGAGGACAAACCGAGGCCGCAGCUCCCCGACUCGCAGCACGGGAACCACUACAACUAUUCUGGACCCGUAUGAGCUCUUCAGCGCAGCAGCUGCUCUUCGCUAACUCGGUCCUACACGUUCUCUAACAGCAGCAGCAGCGCAGGACCUGUGACUCAUAGAGAAAGAACCCGCAGUGCAGUAACCGCUCAGUAGAAACCCGCUUCACUUGGCAAGUGACUUGCAAACUAUAAAAACUGAGAUUCCCCAAACCUGUUGGAACAGAAGUUCCCCGUCUGUGCGUUUUAGUUGAGUUUGUUUGUGUGUAUGUGUGUGUGCUGCAAAGAUACGGGGUUGUUUCUGUUUACACAUGAAACAAGUCUGCUUUCAUGAGACCUGUCGCAGAUUUGUGGAGAAUUUAAACCGAAAAGCUAAAGAGUUCUGUAAAUUUCAAAAGCAGCGGCCACGAUAAUCUCCCUGUCCUUGCAGAGUGACAGAACCUCUGAGGCUGAACGUUUUCUACUGUGUUGCUUGCUGCAUUCGGAGACUUAGUUUUUACCUACACUGGAGAUUAUAUCUGCCAUAUCGCUCCACUUUAGUCGUUUUCUUCUCUGCAAAUGUUUAUAUUUAAGUGUCUUUAGAAAAUAUGCAUGUUUAAUAAUGGACUGCUGCUUUAACAAUGUAUUACAAAUACUUUACUGUGACUUUACAGUGAAACUUUUUGAGCUGUCUUUUUUUUUUUUUUUGUCCUUUAUAAGUAAACUUCACAAAUAAAAAAAAAAAAAAAAUGGCCAAAGAAAAAUUGAGACUUUAGUUCACCAUAUUCAUUCAUUAAGCCUUUCUUUUUAUCUUGAAAAUCAAGGGCUGGUAAAACCGCAAUUUCUCUUUUAAGUCUGACAAUGUUUUCUUCGUCUUUUUAUAACAUGUAACCUAUUGUUAAACUGCACUUAAUGUACUUUUUCUUUUUUCCUUCAGCCAGACGGUUGUUUGGCUUUCUCCAUAAAUAUUAGCCUGCAUGA